GGAAGAGGCUUUCAGCUGAGUUUCUAAAUAAAGUUUCGGUGAAGAUGAUGGAGAUGAACGACACGGAGCUCCUGCCGUCCCCGUUCGGCUUCGAGAGGCGGUUCGAUGAGCGCGGAGCGAUCCGGUGGAUGCAGGAGAACUGGAGCAAGUCCUUCAUGUUCAGCGCGCUCUACGCCGCCCUGGUGUUCGGAGGCCAGCACUACAUGAAGCCUCGACCCAAACUGAACCUGCGGCUGCCGCUGGUGCUCUGGUCGCUGAGCCUGGCCAUCUUCAGCAUCAUCGGGGCGGUUCGGACCGGUUCCUACAUGAUCCACAUCCUGAGGUCCAGCGGCUUCAGAUGCUCCAUCUGUGACCAGAGCUUCUACAACGGACCCGUCAGCAAGUUCUGGGCCUACGCCUUCGUCCUCAGCAAAGCUCCAGAACUGGGUGACACAGCCUUCGUGGUGCUGCGGAAGCAGAAGCUGCUCUUCCUGCACUGGUACCACCACAUCACAGUGCUGCUCUACUCCUGGUACUCCUACAAGGACAUGGUGGCCGGCGGCGGCUGGUUCAUGACCAUGAACUACGGCGUGCACGCCCUCAUGUACAGCUACUACGCAGCGCGCGCCGCCGGCCUGCGCGUGCCCCGCCCCUUCGCCGUGCUCAUCACCAGCACCCAGAUCGCCCAGAUGGUCAUGGGGCUGACGGUGAGCGGGCUGGUCUACCGCUGGAUGCAGCAGGGCGACUGUCCGUCGCGCGUCGAUAACAUCACCUGGGCCACGCUCAUGUACCUCAGCUACCUGCUGCUCUUCUCCAACUUCUUCUACCAGACGUACCUGCGCCGCGCCGACAAGGCCAAGACCCAGUGAGGCCGCUGGACCGGGUCCAGAAGAAGCUAAAUGUUUAUUUAUGUGUUUUAUGGACUGAAGGAGCUCCGGUUCUGAUCCAAAUGGGUCAGAAAAUUCCCCUUUUCUUUCUGUAUUUAUUUGUUCUGAACUCGUUGAUCCGAGCAUGAUACCUGUUAGCGGG